UUGUUGAUCAAUAUUACGAAUUAAAAAUCAAUAAUGAGCUACGAAAUAGAUUAUGAAUCAACGAUUGCGUCGAUCAUUCUUUGGAUGAGUGAUAACGAGGAAUCACGUAAACAUUGCAUGAUUGAGACACGCAGUUAUGGUAUUUAUACUAGGUAACAAUGUAACAUACAGAACGUAUAAUACAACGCACAGUACAAUAUUCGAGAAUUAUCGGAUGGCAAAUCCUUGCCAUGGGUAUGUUAAAAAUUAAAAAGUCUCAAUCGAACGGCUUGAUUUAAUAUUUUUAUAAACUCAAUUUAUUUGCGGGCGCUAGCAUUAAAAAGAGCCAAGAAAAUAUGAUGUCCAUUUGAGAUGUCCGUUCUUGAUUGUACGGUCUCGCCACUUGUAAAUACCCUGAGAAAACUAUCAACGGUGCAUCUGGCUAUUCACGGCCCGCAAAUUCAGACGUUUCGAGGAAAGCGAUGGGGUGGCUAUGCCGCGUCCAUCCGAUACCGUUACGAUGCGUCGCUGUGCACGUAUGCCUGUGAGCGUGCGACAGAUGCAAAUGGCGAAUGCAUUCAUCCGCGUCGCCGGGACCACGGCGAUCACGGGAAAAAUCGCAAAUAACGGGUUGGCCGUUUCACCGGCGCACCAUAGAAAUGUGGGUUAUGCAGCCAAAAGAGCAAAAAUUUGUAUACAUAAGAAAGGAGGCGGUGCGGUGAAUAUAACGAUGGAGAACAAUUACAAGCAGGACGAUGAGAGGUAUUUUCAACGCUCUGAGCAAAAGGACAAUUCGGACUUAAAUAUGUCGGCUCUAGACUUGUCACGCAAGAAGAACGUGAUAUCUUCGACUUUAUGGCCCGAAUUCAGAAAUGAAACCGUCGGCUCAUCGCAAACUUUGCCUACAAGUAUAAAGAAGCGAUAUCGACAAGAUGUAGAUUUUCUAGAUGUAGAUACGCAGUCUCCCGUCGCGAGUAGCAGUGCCAUGCUGUCGCCAUGUUCCGAGUCAAACUCGCCGAAGAGGACGAUGACCGAUGCCGUGGACUACUAUGGAAAUAGUAGCCAACAUACGGCAACGUUAACAAAUACGCGCAAUGUUACUCCGGGCGUAACAAUAGUAACGCCGCAGCAGCCGUCGUUACCUGUGAUUCCGAACGAGGCCACGUACAUCCCCGUACCAAUAAUACCUAUACCGCACAUGGAAACGUCGCAGUCUUCGAUAAUAAAUAAUGAGACCAGAAGAAAAAUCUCGCUUCUGCCGGCAGAAUGCUCGACGUCUACGGAUCCGAGGUCGCCGACAUCAUCGCAGGACGCGACGAAGAAAGCGCCGAGGCCGUUCAAGGCCUAUCCGAACAACAUUUUGUCCGUCGUUCCGACUAUCGACCACAAUUCGAAUGUGAAUUAUGCGGACUUCCGUAAGAGGAUGCUCGCCACAGUUAAAACGGCGAACGGAAAUACGAACAUGCGCCGAGUGUCCAAGAGUCCUGGAUUACCUACCAGCACCGUCGAGGAGAAAGACGCUGCGUAUUGGGAGAGAAGAAGGAAAAACAACGAAGCAGCGAAACGUUCGAGGGAUGCUCGACGAGCGAAGGAGGACGAGCUCGCAAUCCGAACGGCUUGGCUCGAACGUGAGAAUGCGUCAUUAAAGCUACAACUGAAGGCACUCAUUCAAGAACUCGUCACAUUAAGACAAUUUGGUUCAAUUCAGUUGUGAAUUAUUAUUACGGCAUGUGAUAAUAAUACGAUAUUACGAUUCAUCAUGAUACGGUUUCCAAUUGCAAUUUAAACGUUUGGUAUAAAUAUCAUGUAUAUUUUGUAUAUUUAUCUAAUAUAUUUAGUAUAUAAAUAUAUAACUAUAAACUAUAUAUU